AUGUUUCAGUGGCAACACUUUUGUAAUCGCAAAUCAAAUCAUUGGCAAUUGUGUUUUCCCGAAUCUGCUGAAUCACCAAAGUGUUGUUUCUCAAUUUGUGAAAACGCGAAGAAUUUCGAUUAUCUCAUCAGCGAAUAUCCUUGGCCGAAGGCAUAUAGGUAAGAUGGGCGAUUCGGAGCUUGCUCGUAAAAAUUGGGAAUUGGAAAACAACAUCGAAACGCUUCCUGCCAGUGAUGAAAUCUUCCGGUACGAUGCCGAACAGCAGCAGCGAAUCCUGACGGCCCGACCCUGGGAAAAAGAUCCGCACUUUUUCAAGGAUAUUAAAAUUUCCGCUCUUGCUCUUUUGAAAAUGGUUAUGCAUGCUCGUUCCGGGGGCGCCCUCGAGAUUAUGGGUCUUCUGCUGGGGAAAAUCGAAGGCGAUACCAUGGUCGUAAUGGAUGCCUUCGCACUGCCAGUCGAGGGUACGGAAACGCGCGUCAAUGCCCAAUCGCAGGCCUACGAGUACAUGUCGGCGUACAUGGAUUCGGCCAAGGAGGUGGGUCGAUGCGAGAAUGCCAUCGGAUGGUACCACAGCCAUCCGGGCUAUGGUUGUUGGUUAUCCGGUAUUGACGUUAAUACGCAGAUGUUAAACCAAAACUAUCAGGAACCGUUCGUGGCCAUUGUAGUCGAUCCGGUUAGAACUGUUUCGGCCGGCAAGGUGUGUUUGGGAGCAUUCCGGACCUAUCCGAAAGGUUACAAGCCACCCAACGAGGAGCCGUCCGAGUACCAGACAAUUCCGUUGAAUAAGAUAGAAGAUUUUGGUGUUCACUGCAAGCAGUACUAUCAGCUGGACGUGACCUACUUCAAGUCAGCACUGGACCGUAAGCUGCUCGAUUCACUGUGGAACAAGUACUGGGUCAACACUCUAGGCAGUUCCGGUUUGCUGAGCAACGCCGACUAUACCACUGGCCAGAUAUUGGAUUUGUCCGAAAAGUUGGAACUUAGUGAAGCUAGCCUGGGCCGUGGUCCAUUUGUGGUUAGCGGAACGGAUCCGAACGAAAAACGCACGGAAGACAAGCUUUCAAAGGCCACACGUGAUUGUAGCCGAGCAUCGAUCGAGCUGAUCCACGGACUAAUGGCACAAAUCGCAAAGGAUAAACUUUUCAAUACGGUUAAUGUUAAAAAUAAGUAGACGAUGUUAAUUGGUCGGUAAACUUCUUCACACCUUAAAUGAACUCAUUGGAUAAUUACUUUGGAAUAAAUAUUCAACACUGUCCGAAAUAUAA